AUGUCCCACGGGACCUACUACGAGUGCGAGCCCCGGGCUGGCCAGCAGCCACUCGAGUUCUCGGGGGCCCGAGCAGGGCCCGGGGAGCUGGGGGACAUGUGUGAGCAGGAGGCGUCCAUCGACCUGUCUGCCUACAUCGAGUCUGGGGAGGAACAGCUCCUCUCUGACCUCUUCGCUGUGAAGCCGGCACCUGAGGCCCGAGGCCUUAAGGGCCCCGGAACGCCCGCCUUCCCCCACUACCUGCAGCCUGACCCGAGGCCCUUCGCCUACCCCCCACACACCUUCGGCCCCGACAGGAAGGCCUUGGGGCCUGGCAUCUACAGCAGCCCAGGCAGCUACGACCCCAGGGCCGUGGCCGUGAAGGAGGAGCCUCGGGGGCCCGAGGGCAGCCGGGGGGCCAGCCGCAGCGGCUACAACCCUCUGCAGUACCAAGUGGCGCACUGCGGGCAGACGGCCAUGCACCUGCCCCCGGCCCUGGCGGCACCCAGCCAGCCCCUGCGUGUCCUCAAGGCCCCUCUGGCGGCUGCCGCGCAGCCCUGCAGCCCCCUCCUCAAGGCGCCCUCCCCGGCGGGCCCCUCACACAAGGGCAAGAAGGCCGUGAACAAAGACAGCCUGGAGUACCGUCUGCGGCGGGAGCGGAACAACAUCGCGGUGCGCAAGAGCCGGGACAAGGCCAAGAGGCGCAUCCUGGAGACCCAGCAGAAGGUGCUGGAGUACAUGGCCGAGAACGAGCGUCUGCGCAGCCGCGUGGAGCAGCUGAGCCAGGAGCUGGACACCCUGCGCAACCUCUUCCGCCAGAUCCCCGAGGCUGCCAACCUCAUCAAGGGUGUGGGGGGCUGCAGCUGA